UCCUCACCUGGAAUUCUGUUAGGAGCAUCAGCAGUGUCACACCUGAUUAGGAACUGAACCGGACCUUCAUAUCAAGGAUCAGCAACGUUGCUUCUUGGCAAUUUUCACCCAUCACUGGUACUACAGACAAGAUCAUCUGCAGGUAUGGACGCAAAACUUGUCUUCACCGUCCUGUUUGUGGCACUUGUCUCAAUAUCUACACACACUGAUGCUCAAACCACAACGGUCGCACCCACAACGAAAGCAGCAACUACAGUCGCACCCACAACGAAAGCAGCAACUACAGUCGCAACUACAACAAAAGCAGCAACUACGGUCGCACCCACAACAAAAGCAGCAACUACAGUCGCAACUACAACAAAAGCAGCAACUACGGUCGCACCCACAACAAAAGCAACAACUAUGGCCGCAGCCACAACGAAAGCAACAACUAUGGCCGCAGCCACAACGAAAGCAACAACUAUGGCCGCAGCCACAACUAAAGCAACAACUAUGGCCGCAGCCACAACUAAAGCAACAACUAUGGCCGCAGCCACAACGAAAGCAACAACUAUGGCCGCAGCCACAACGAAAGCAACAACUAUGGCCGCAGCCACAACGAAAGCAGCAACUACGGCCGCAGCCACAACGAAAGCAGCAACUACGGCCGCAGCCACAACGAAAGCAGCAACUACGGUCCCAGCCACAACGAAAGCAGCAACUACGGUCAUGGCCACAACAAAAGCAGCAACUACGGUCAUUGCCACAACGAAAGCAGCAACUACGGUCAUGGCCACAACAAAAGCAGCAACUACGGUCGCAGCCACAACGAAAGCAGCAACUACGGUCGCAGCCACAACGAAAGCAGCAACUACGGUCGCAGCCACAACGAAAGCAGCAACUACGGUCAUUGCCACAACGAAAGCAGCAACUACGGUCGCAGCCACAACGAAAGCAGCAACUACGGUCGCAGCCACAACGAAAGCAGCAACUACGGUCGCAGCCACUACAGCAGCCCCACUUCAGGCCAACACCACAGUGACAACACUUACGACUCCUCUUAGUAGAACAGAUUGUGGAACUAACAAGCUCUGUGCAGCCGAGCCUUCUGAGUGCAACCCAGCGACAGGAUCUUGUUUCUUUCUGUCUGCCAGGAGGCAGAGUGGUCAAAACUUUGAUUUCGAGCUCUCAGGAGAUUCAAACGGCUACAUCGCUAGCACCGUAUCACCUGACUCCACACUGGGAGGGAACGACCAAACCUACGUCUGUGCAAACAACAAUGGCGUUGUACAAUUCUUUGGUGCCUUCCUCAACAAUGGACAGCUGACAAAACAAAACCUGAACGUAAACAAUGUGAAAGGCAGUGUGAAUGGAAAUAAAAUCCAGUGUACCUUUGCUGCCACCCUACCAACCGUAACAACAAGAGCUCCAACUUUCGCACUUGGAAUCAGCACUGGAGCUUUUAACAGCAGUACUGGUGCUCUUGGAACCCCAAACACCAGAUUAAGCAGCGCUCCUGUUGACCUGGGAAAUCCUAACGCCACAGUCACCAACCAGGUUAACACCACCUCCACUCCGGCUACUACUAGCCAUGCCAUUGUACUCCAGCAGUCAUUCGUACAAGCUCUGCUGAUCACUCUGGGAGUGCUCUGUCUGGCCAUGCUAUGAGGAAACUAAAGACUUCAUUAGUCUGGAUAAGACCUCCCUAUACAUAUGCAUGUGCUACUGCAUACACGCAAUGAAUCCCAGAUUUUUUUUUGCAUCAUGCUUUGUUCUGUGUCAGCUCACUGCAGUUGAAAGAAGAAAAGGUGGCGGGUUGUCACUUUUAAUCAUCUGACUGCUUACACAUCUCUUAAGGGUUCUAACAAACACAUUCUAAGACUUUUUGAUUUAUUGACAUGUUUUUUAUUUACCAUGGAACUCUUACAUUUAUGCCCCGAGUUAUUCUGUGCUAUAGUAAAUGACUGUCUGUUCCAGACAUGAGUUAAUCUUUAAAUUGCUAAAACCAGUUAAAUGCAAAAAAAACCCAACAACAAUUAAGACCUACCAAUCCAUCAAAAUUGAACCAAAUGAAACAGUGCCUUGUCCUCACCAGGAGAUGUCAGCAAAUGCAAAUGUUAAGUUUGGGGUCUGGUUACCUUCAAGCCCUAAAGUUGGUUACUUUGCUGUGACUUCCGGUGCCAUCAAGUCACAAAAUUCAACACAUGUCUGUCCCAACCUUUUUUUUUCAAUGGCUUUGGAACUAAUGAAGAAAAUGUUGCUAUAACUCUUAUUAAGUACGCCGUUUGAAUAUGUAGAAGUACCCUUAUGAAGGACCAUGAUAGAUACAUGGCAGAUAUGGGUUUUUGAAUUAUGUUAAUAAUAUAACAUUGGUUGUUUGUAUGAGAAUGUAUGUUGUUGAUACCUGGACAAUAGUUUUAAUGAAGCCUUCAUUGGCUGAUAUUUCAUGUGUGCAGAUGUUUAUGUGUACGUACAAAUGCUUUUGAGGUUUCACUUGUUAGGAAUGCCUGACAUGAUACCAAAUGUAGAUGAAACUUUUGCACGUUGAAUUAUAUUGAAGUUUUUUUUUUUGUAUUUUUGAAAUAAAUAUUUAAUGCCAACAA